AUGACAGCGGCAGACUCGGUCACCCCUGGCCUCGCUGCCAACAAUAAUAAUGACGACACACCCUUUCAGAUUUCGCCUCCGGCCACGACGAGCCCUUCAUCACCGCCGGCACGACCGGUCGCAAAUCGAGUCGCAACGCCGCUAAGUCUUUUCCUCGAUGGUUCUGGCUCCAAUAAAACAAACACCACCAGCAAGUCAACCAAGACGACAACGAUUGGUGGCGGCGUUGGCUUUGGCGCUGGCACUGGCAUGCUACCGUCGGGGCACGGAAACCACAGAGACAUGGACGACAACAUCGACCUUGACCCUUUUGCCUCCAUGUCACCCGCUAAGACGCCAGACCAGGCUGUUGUCUCGCCUCCCCCUGUACAUACCGACGGCGUUGCUGCUAUUGUUGAUUCAGUGCCAUGUGCAGAUCAGGAACAACUGCAAAAGCACCCAGAUCCCAGCAUCACAUCCGUCGUCAACUCUGGUUCUGGUUCUGGUUCUGGUUCUGCCUGUCCUCGUCCUCCUCUUCUGGGUUCAUGCUCCUCGAUCCACAGCCCCAGCGCACGCACCAAACCUCACCUAAUCCAGGCCCCGGCUGCGGCCGACGCCCAACUCCCUGUCAGCCAAAUGACAAAACCAACGUCGUCCCCUGAUCAUGAUUCAGUGCUUAGCUCUCCUGUCGAGCUUGUUGAUGCACGUCCGCUUCGAACUGCAAGUGUGAGGGCGGACACGAGGAUUGUCCAUCCAAAGCCAAUUGCCCACCCGCCUGCUAUCAGCCACGUCGUUCCCGAUAAAUUAAUCCGGUCUGGGUCCGCGGCGAGCAACAUUGCCCAACUGGAAGCCACAGCUGAAAGGCUGUCCAUGACCAGCUCCAUCGACGAUGCCAUCCGCGACCUGCACGGCGAACUGAAGAGAAGCGACAGCAGACGCUCAGCCAAGCUUGCAUUGGCUACUAUGGCCUCAGUCGACGAGAAUACAACAUCCCCAGCGUCCCAGCUGGCCCGACAUUUAUCUAGUGCCUCUUCCAUCGUCUCUACCAACAUUGCCGCACGACACGGGGGCUAUUCCCCUGCCGGCUUCGUCAUGUCUCCAAACACUUCCCUAACAAGUCGCCUCCGAUCCGGCUCUACCAAUUCUGCCGGACGACCCGACAUCUCUCACGAUACAAUACUAUCUAGGCACGGUCCUGGAAAGUCGUCCGUUCGAAGUGUUCGCUCCACCAAGAUGUCUCUAGCGGAGAUUUCCGAGUCAGAACCGAUUUCUCUAGACCAAAAGGCAUUUGACGAAGCUGAUGCCGCCCCGCCCAUUGAAGAGCAGAAUGCAGAAAGCCUUCAAUUGCCGGAGGAACCGGCUGUCGAAAUCCCCAGCACGGAUGCCUUCCAUCAGAUGCUUGAGGGCAGCCUAGGGCCGCCUCCUGAUCGUCAGUACGCACCGAUUCUUACACCUCCCGUGCCGGUCGAGACGGAAGAAUAUCACCAGCACGAGCAUCGUCCGGCCAGCGUCCAUUCGAGCAAUACCUCGGAGCAGGCUCGCGAUGCAUUCAUCGACUUUGAUGGAGUGCACUGGGAACCUCAGAAUGAUGAAGAUCUGUACGAACCGCCGGAACUCGAACCCGACCUACCAACACCACGACCCGCGCCCGUCUCGAUGGCUCGGCCGACGUCUUAUAUUGAUCCUUCCACCGGCCAAAAGAUGCUCUACUAUCCUGCACGUGUCCCUGCUAUGUUGAACCUGCCUCCUAAACUAUCGUCCAAGCCCAAGGCUGCAGCCAGAAACCAGAGACGAUCCCAGGUGCUCAGCGCCAUGAUGGAUGUAAAUGUCAACGCCGAAGAGAUGUCAGCGGCUCAACGAAAGCGACAGUCUACCUUUAGCGAUUUGAAGGGCAUGUCCGCCGCACAAGACGCCCCGGUCAGAGAUUCGUGGCUGCCGGAUCCCAUUGCGAAUCACCGAGAUUCCUUUGCCGCCCUGUCCUCGUUUGGGCCUAUUGAUGGUACUGAAUCGAACCCUGCUCAACAAGAGGAGGACCAGCUACCAACUCCUCCCCUGGAACAAAUGCCUGAGCAAGAUGCAGCACCCGCGGUACUGCGUCGCCCUGAACGGCUAUCAAAAGCUCUCAAGGACAACCGAAAGUCCAAGGCAUCCAUGCUUGAUAAUUUACCUCCGCAGCUGAGGGCUAGCGCCUUCUUUGACCUGCCUUCAGUCGCCCCCGACGUGGAGAUCAAAGACGGUUCUGCCAUGGCCACCCUCGACAGCAUUCUCGACGCCUCUGCCAGUGCACCUGUGAGUGCCUUUACUGAUCAUGUGUAUGCUGGUAAGCUUGGGUCUGAGGUGUACGGCAAAGCAAAGGCAAACAAAUCGCGACAAUCUGUUGCUACUUUGAAUGGGCUGGCACCGGAGCCACAGCCAAAGAAGAGGUCGUCCGUGUUAUGGCUUGGCAAGAGAAAGACUAGCUACAAUAGCGACGAGCAAAAGCGGCCUCACAGCAGCGCGGAUGUGACAUCUCCUGAAGAAAACGGUUUCCUCGAUGGUCGACUUACACCUGGCAGCGUGGAUAGUGCCGACAAGGUCAUUCGUGUUGAUGCCGAUGACAAGAGCGAGAGGGACGCCGAGGAGGAACCGGUCGAGGACGAGCAACCAGAGGAUGCCUACCUCGGCCCCCCUACCACGCUUCUUGCUGAACUGCAAUUGCGUAAGCAGCAGCAAAAGGAGCGAGUGAGGAACAUGGGCAAAGGCCUUCCCAAUGGCAUGUAUGCCACGCUCUUGGACAUGGAUACAGUGGCAGAGGCCCAGCGGAAGAACCGCCAGAAUAAGCGAGUCAACCUUGCCUGGGAGGAUCCUGAGGCGCACGUGGACCAGAAUGGAUCCGAUGACGAAGACGUACCUCUGGCCAUUCUCGCCGCCAUGCAGCGAGGAGCUAAGAACUUGGCGGAUCUUGACCGACCCAUGGGUUUGAUGGAGCGCCGAGAACAAGAGGACAACGAACCACUCAGUCAUCGCCGAGCUCGUCUACAAGGACUCGAUGCUCCCCCGCCGCCUUUGCACCAGCGUCACAGUGUCAUGUCUCUUUCUGCCGCCCAGGCUCUGGAAGUACCGUCGCCAAACCCCGAAAUCGAGGUUAUUCCUAGCCCCGACCCUGAAGUGGAGGAGAUUGAAGAAGAAACGCUGGGCGACAGACGUCGCAGACUGGCGGCCAAGGAUGGAGAGCUGCCAAAGGCCCGUCCGGUUAGUGUCGCUUUCUCGGCCGAGUUGCUGAGCCAAUUUGGUGAUGUCGAAGAAACCAAGGACGAAACGAAGGCCAAGAAGAGCGAUAAGAAGGGGACGCCUGCACCAGGUGCUUCUGGCGAAGAGGAAACACUCGGACAACGUCGACGACGACUUCAGGCAGAACGAGAAGCUCGAGAGCGUGAAAUAAGCUAUGGAAACUUGGUCGGCAACCAGCCUGUUCAGGAACCUCGACGACGACUGAGUCUCGCCAAUGUGCUGACUGCCCAUCCCAUGAAUGAAUCAGAGCGACGAGCUCAAGAGGAGAAGCUACGAACCGAUGAACAGAGGCGUGCUGCCCAGGACAGGGAGUCCAAGAUGGCGGCCAUGAGGAUGCAGAUGCCCACGACGCUCCCGCAGUCUGGGCUCGAGCGAUCUGGUGGCUUCCUGGGCGGUGCAUUCAAUGACGGCACAGGCGGCUAUGGACCCAGGGCAACUCUAUCAAGUCCCGCUGUCAACACUCAGGGGCUGCCAGCCGCCAAACGGUCGAGUGUAAUGACAAGUUACGGACCCGGAUAUGGCGCUCCUAUGAACCAACCCGCGUAUGGCGCGAUGAAUGGCUAUGGCAAUGGAUAUGGAGGCAUGAACGCCAUGGGCGCAUAUAAUGGCAUGAGCUCGAUGAGCUUGUAUGGUGACCGAACAGCGACGCAGAUGUACGGUGGCGGCGGCAUGAUGCCUAUGCCUGUGAGCAAGGGAUCCAUGGACCGCGUGGAGCAAUGGCGAUAUGGCGUUCGACCCUGA